UGCACGAGGGAGGGAUGCUGCAGUGCAGCUGCGGCGGGCGGAGGCUGGCGGGGCUGUGAGGAGCGGCACCGAGUGCUCACCGAGUCCGCGCACACCCACCUCCCCAACCACCAACCCACUCUCCGGGGGAGGGGGGAAACAUAACACUCGGCGCCCGGCGUCAUGUGCGGGCGGCAGCGGGGCCGCGAGCGCAGGGACCCCGAGACAUGGACACGCGCGUUGCCCAGGCCCGCAGCCGCCCCGUCCUGCUGCUCACUCGCGGCCGCUAGCACGCCCGCCUCGGCCUGACAGCUCCCUAGCAACCGCCAGCAGGCACCGUUCGCGUUUGAACCGAUCCAAUUUCGAAUAUAUAUAUAUAUUUUUAAAACACAGCAGCAAGGGUCGGGUCAGCAUGUUGGCAGUGAGGAUUGUCACCGCCGAUUACUAUAUGUCCAGCCCGCUCCCCGGUCUGGAUGUUUGCUACUCUGAGUUCAGGCAGGCUGAGGUGACCAGGGUGCCCGUGGUUCGUAUCUUCGGGCCAACACCUGCAGGUCAGAAGACUUGUCUCCAUUUGCAUGGCACGUUUCCAUACUUUUAUGUUCCGUACGAUGGCUGUGAACAACAACCAGAACGGCAUCUUCGUCAGUUGGCUUUCAGUAUCGACCGAGCACUAAAUGUAUCUUUAGGCAAUCCUUCUUCCAGUGUCCAGCAUGUAUUCAGGGUGUCACUUGUAUCUGGAAUGCCUUUCUAUGGUUUUCAUGAGAAAGAAAAGCAAUUCAUGAAGAUUUACCUAUACAAUCCUUUGAUGGUUAAAAGAGUCUGUGAGUUGUUGCAAGGAGGAGCUGUUAUGAACAAAUCCUACCAACCAUAUGAAGCUCACUUACCCUAUCUCCUGCAACUCUUCAUUGACCAUAAUCUGUAUGGAAUGAACCUUAUUCACCUUGCAGCAGUAAAAUUCAGAAAAACCAGAAGGAAAAGUGACCAACUUGGAAGAGGCUCUCCUGAGAAACCCAUUUCGGAAUUGUGUAAUGCAAGUAGCAGAGAAAAUGGCAAGUCAUGGAAAAGUCCCUUGUCCAUCAAGUCUAAAGGAUCACCAACACAAAUGGAGAAGUCCAUGAAUUGCUCCUUUGUGCGGUGGGAGGAAGAGGACAUACCAAGUUCUUUAGUUCUUGAGGAUAUCGAUCGACAGAGCACCUGUGAGCUUGAAGUGGAUGCAGUUGCAGCUGACAUACUAAAUCGCGCUGAAAUUGAAGCUCAGGUUGGUAGAAACCCUGGUUUGCAGGCCAUAUGGGAUGAUGAAAAACAGCGACGUCGCGAAAACAACAUGUCCUCACAAAUUGAAUCAUCUAAUUCACCAGAUCGUGGAUCUGUACAAGUAACAGAGAGUGAAAGGACCUUCCAACGCAGAAUAAAGGAGAUUCUGCAACAGAAUAACUAUUCUGUAUAUUUGUCCCAGUAUUUGGAAAAUGAAGAAUUUGAAACACUCACUUCAAACUUGACCUUGCACAUGACUGCAUCAUCACCUGAAGCCAUUUCCUGCACACCUGCCAAUCUGGUUGAGAUACAUAAUGAUAAGCAAGGAGUGAGCCAAGGAAAUGCAGAGACUGAAGAAGCGAUAGUUGAUGAAGAAACUAUUCUAAAUAUAAUGGAUAAUAGUCAGACGUUCCAUCCUUCGUCACAAAGGUUAAUUCAGAAUCCAAUUCUCAAUGCCAGUCAGGACCAGGCAAUGGUUCAUCUGUUGGCUGGACUGGAGGAAGAUGAGUAUGGCAUGGCAAGAACCCCCUUUGUGCCUGGUAGGUCUUCACAUCAACAACCUUCAGGAAACCACAGCUACCAGCAGAACAGUGAUGAUGAAGAAAAUGAACCUGAAGUCCAGAAAGAAGAGUUGGAACUUAGUCUAAUAAUGUCUCAGCGAUGGGAUGGUGAUCUUCUGGAUCCUGUUAGGAAAAUGAGAUUUUCAGAAAAGAAUGCAAGUGACUGCUCUUCAGAGGAAGAUAAUGCGUUCUCUGAUGGUCAGAUAGGAAAUGGGAACAUGAUGGCUAAUCUUUCUAUUCCUCAGCUUGAUGGGGCUGCAGAUGAGAACACUGAUAAUACUUUAGGCGAAAAUGGUUCAAGAACUCAUUCGACGUUAGCAGUUCGAGACAAAGUGCUGACCAAAACAACUUUUCACAAAGAGCCUGCAAUAUUAGAGCUGCCGUCAUCUGAUCACGUUGGACUACAGUGCAAUCGUGCAGGUACCACGCUUCAUACACUCGAUGGUUUGAACUCUACGGAACUGCCCUCAUACCAAAAUACAUUUAUCAAAGCAAAGAAACCUGAGCACUCUGUUUCCAACUUUUCUAAUGAGGCCACUUAUGAUUUAAAACACAGUGGAUGUAGUGAAGACAGUAUGAAGUUUGUGGACCCUGAUAUGGUAGCUAGAUCUCCAGAUGCAGUCUGUGAAACCAAACAUGUAAGCGGUGACUACGAAAAUCAGCUAACAGCUCAAACCGAUAGACUUCAGAGAGUAAAACGAUUUUUAAGCAUUAACUGUGAAAAGAAUUUACCAUUUACGCACCUGAGAAGCCCAACCAAUGAAGGUGAAUUUCAUGGCAAUUCAAAUCUCAGUUCCAUAGUGGGAAGGAUGGCUAAUAAAGUUCCUCUUGCAUUCAAUAAAAAAGAAAACAGCGUGUAUGAUAAACCUUUGAUUCCCCUGAUAGGUAUAAAAAAUGGGGUUCAGCUUUUUGAAGAACAUAAAACCACCUCAACGGAUGCUGGAAAUAACAUUGAACAAAACCUUAAAAUCAGAUAUGAAGACUUUCAAGCAACCCAAAGGGAGAAAACGGUCAUUGAUCAACAUGAGGCACAAUACACAUUUUUUCCUAGUGUGGUGCUUCCUAAUUGUCUGAAGUGUCCAGAAAAAGUCUUCAAGUCUUCUAAAAUUCAGAAACAAGAUGACCAUAGGUUAAAGCUCAAAUUAAGUAGAAAGAAAUCAAAUGGUGCCCAGGUGACAAGAAAGUCUGCAGUUCCAAAGAUAAAUGCCCAAGCCACUGAAUUUUCUUGUAGCAGUGGGUUAUUGCAAAACAAAGUGCCAAUGGAUCACAAUUCUGUUCAAUCUUUAGAUACUGGGCUGCCGAUAGCAUCCCAAAACUUUAAUAUGGCAAGAUCUUCAGAAAAUGGCUUGGAGGGUCAAUCAUUUCGACUAGCAUGCAGUAAAUAUACACUCCGAACUAAGCGGAAAGUAAGCUAUGAAGCUGAAGACACUGAACUGAUCCAAGGCACAGAAAUUUUAAAGACAAGUCCAAUUCGGCCAGAAUGUUCAAAAGUCAAUGAUAAUGGAGCAGAUCGAUCCCAACGAUCACGUAAAAGAAGGAGGCUCAAUAAGAAGGAGCCUCCUGUGAUAAUAAAAUAUAUAAUUAUUAACCGAUUUAAAGGUAGAAAAAAUAUGUUGGUUAAGGUAGGGAAAGUGGACUCGAAUGAAGACCAUGUUGUGCUUGAUGAUGAUAAACUGCAGAAGUACCACAAGCUUUCACCACUAAAAGACUGGUGGCCUAAGAUUACUGAACCCCCUUUUGUUAGCAAACCUUUUACAGCGCCUACACCAAAGAGAGGAAAGAAACCAAAAGUUCAAGCGAGCUUAAAGAAAAGAGCUGGAAGAUUCAAAAAAUUACAAAGAAAGGAAAAACUGAAACAUACUAGCCAAAGUCAAGUAAAAACAAGGAAGAUAGAAUUUGCACCCCUCUCUCCUCCUUCACCUUGCUAUAGUGCUGAGGCUGAUGACUGUUCAACAGAAUAUAAAGACGUAAUGUCUAAGCUUGGCUUUAUGUCAGAGAGAAUGCCAAGUCCUCCUAAACCAUCACCACCUCGAUGUUGGUCGCCAAGUGAAAUGCAAGAGGAUGGAAUGCCAACCUUUGCUUCAGUAGAAGAUGACAUACUGGUAAGAGACUGUGAUCCAUGUGCUUUAAGGAAUUCUGAUGAGAAAAAUUUGGUGCAAGGUAAUAGAAAUAGUGACAAAAAGCAAUGUUUAAAAACCAGGAAAAAGUCACCGUGCAAUGCUAACUAUGCAGCAGCCAAAAAGACAAAAGUAUCCCAGAAAUCUAAGCAGGUAGUAAAUAAUGAAAAAGAAGAACAGAAAGGGAAACAUAGAAAAAAAACUAGGAAAAGAUGGACACGGAAACAGAAAAGUAAAGUUCCACACUUUGAAAAACAAGCAACAUCUCAAAGCUCAGAACUGCAUGAGCAAAUGGGAAGUUGUGAACUUGUCAAUGGUGAACUGAAUUCAUCUUCCAAAGAGAAAGUCGGAAGUGGGUUUUGUAGAGAUUUUGAAAAUGUACUUGUUGCAGAAUCUGAACCUGCGGGCAAGAGUGAUGAGCAACCCAGUAUUCCUCUUAGCAUCUGCUCAACAGGGCACCUUCCUUCAACACAGCCCUAUUCUGAAGAAAUUCAAGGAGAAUCUGGGGGUUAUUAUUGCUCUUUGCUAGAAACAGAUGAAAAUGCAGACCUACCUGCCUUUACUUAUCCACCAGUUGAACAAGUCUCAGAUACACUAUCUCAAUUAGCAACACCUUCUCAGUCCCAGUUGCAUUUCAACCUCAGUAAAACAAGUCCUUCAUGUACACACACUGAUUCCAUUUAUAUGUUGGAAAAUAAAACUCCAAUGAAAGAGAAUUUCAGGUUAUCAAUGGACACGAACCUCGCAUCGCAGGCAGGAUUUGCCCUUUCUCAAAGCGAGCAUUGCUUUGAUCAGUUAACGGCAGCUUCUGCAGUUCCACCUUCUUCACAGUCUUUGCAGUAUUCUCAUCUGCCAGUUCAUUCUUCUGAAGAUGUGUGUGGACUACAGAGAAACAAACUCUCCCAACAGGUGUCACAGGUUAUGAGCCAUGUGCAAACUGGUAGCCAACAUAGUUCUCAUGUUAAAGAAACUCAAAUUGGAGCGAACUCGCACUUCUAUGAAUCUGAACAAAAGUCAGCAUUACCCCAAUUGGCACUGGUGGCUGAUGGCAAAGCAAACCAUCCAUCUCAACAGCUCCAGCAAUCCAAACUCUAUCAGCAAUCAAAACCUACACUACCCAUGCCUGAGACAAAUCAACAUUCCACAUUUUCACCAGUCAACAAUGCUACAGGCUUACCUUCCAGAGUUCCUCUGGUAGGAAGCGGAAAGGAUGUUCAUUGUCUUAAUUUUACUCCAGGUAACCACAGUAGAUUGUCAAAGAAGGUUUUUGAAAGGGAACAAGAAACUAGCAACAUUUUGGAUAUAUCUGAUUUCACCCCUCCUCGGAUAAAGCAGAAGUCUGUGUCGGAAACUUUUUUGGAGACCAAUAUCAUAUCACAAUCUCAGAAAUCUGACCAAAGUGUAAUAAUGGAUAGUCAGACAUCGAUGAGUAAUGGUCAAUCUAGUCUCACUGUGUUGAGAGAGAUGCUGCAGAAAAGGCAACAAAAAGCACAGCAAGGGAAUGCUCAAAGUCCUUUACCAAAACCACAGUUUCAAAGAAAUAUUUCUCUCACAAAUGAGCAAAAUGAAUUCAAUAGAAGUUCUGCUGAUGCGGACCUUUCUGGUAGUGCUGCUGCUGCUCAUUCAAAAUCUCCAAAAGACACUUGCUCCAAAAAAACAAAAAAUUCUAGAAGUGCCAAGCAUGGGCAGAAGAAAACCAAAACAACAAAAAGGGAGUUGACUAAGAAAUCUCAGACUUCUCAGUCUAAAUGUCCUUUUUCGGAUGACAGCCCUGUUUUCCAUUCAGAUGCCGGCUUUGAUAGCUGUUACAGUUUUGAUAGUUUAUCACCUGAACUUCCUCAGUCGUACAAUUUUGAUAUCAAUACCGUUGGACAAACCAGAUACUGUACUGUGUAUUCUGGAUGCCAAUUCAUGCCAGCAGCUGAGCAAAACCUGCCUCAAAAGUUUUUGAGUGAUGUUAUUCAGGAGUCUGUUCCUGCCCAGGCAAUAAUAGAGACUUGCGUGUACAAGUCUCAGAAUGGUAAACCCCAACACCUUGACCAGGUAACUCGGCCCACAGAAAGUACAGAGUGGGCUAGGCCUGGCUCAAUAAGCCCAGAUCUUUUCGAGAAAUCCUCUCUAGACAAUGGAGAAAAGUUGAAAGAAUUGAAUAAUGAUUCCAAUGUGCCAGUUCAGAAUGCUCUGUCGAGCUCUUCUGAGUCAUCAGGUACACAUUUGUCUGGAGUGUCAAUAAUGGAGCUCAAGGACCAGUCACCUAUUCAAUGCCAUGAUUCUUUGGAAAAUGAAACUUCCUGUAGCCCUAUAGUGUCAUCCACCAGCCAGAUAAUGCUACUGGAUGAGGGAAGUGGAAGAGAGUGUGACAAAUCUGAGGUCUGUCUUUCUGGUCUUUCUACUGGUUCAAGUCCCAAUGGAGCGAUGGGAUUUAUUGGUGAUGACAUUGCACCAAUGAGCUGCGAAGAUCCAGAGCUCUGUGCUUCCAAAUACAGCAAUGGUUCCCCAGCGACAUCUCAUGGUUCUUCAGCAUCUGUCAGUUCACCAUUACAGACCAGAAGUAACUGUUAUAUCAACCGUACAACAGGUGCCCAUGUUUUAAAGCCUUUAAUGUCACCACCAAGUCGAGAGGAAAUAGUAGCAACUCUGCUUGAUCAUAACCUGGCAGAAACUGUCUACCAGGAACCAUUCUGCAGUGAUCCUUCAGAUGCUCCAGAAAAACCCUGGGAGAUCGGAGGCCGAGUUUUGACAGUUGAAACCAGGUUACCCAAUGAAUUGUCAGAGUUUGAUGGAGAUUUUUCACUGGAAGGUCUGCAGUUCUGGAAGAUGGCCUUAUCAGCAAUGACACAAAAUGCUAGACCUGGCUCCCCUGCCUUUACUGGAAGUAGGCAUUCUGCUGCUCAGAGAGUGGGCAUUGGCUCAGGAACUUCUGACGACCGUAAGAUUAUAAUACUACCGUGCAAAAUCCCUCCUAGCUUACAGCGGGUACAAUUGUGGCUUCAGGCAAAACGAGAGUAUGACCAUUCAAAGAAAUGUUCAAAAGGUCAGACUGCUGUAACUGAGAAUGCCAACCAGGAUCUAUGCUGGCAGCCUUCAGAGGCAGAUCAGGCUUCCACAUCUGAAAAGGCGUCUGCAGCAUUCUCUGCGGUUCCUGUUGAAGAACAAGCUGCAGAGCAAACUCAUGAAACUGAUCCCUCUCCUGAACCACCAUCCCUAAAAACACCAGAGCAGAACAACUCCAAGCAGAGGUCUCCAAGUCAUCUAUCUAAAGUAGCAGAACUGUUUGAAGAUGAGGAUGAUUACUACCGUGCGUACAGUUCUCCUGAUUCACCACUGAUAUCUCCAUGGCAGCAACCAGCUUCCCCCAAUACUAGGCAGUGGGAGCCAAAUGAAGAAAACAAGGACGUAGCUGAGCCAACACCAGAUGUCAACAGGAAGACUACAGAUGAUUUUCCAUCACCGACCCAGAGCAGCAUAUCUCCAAAUACUGGGCAGAGUGAUGAACAGCUACUAGAAAAUUCACCCCUUCAAUCUAAAGCGGGAGCUGCUGAGAAUUCUCUUUCUGUUCUACAUAGCACACCCAUGGCACACAGAAGCAGAAAAGAUGGCAUUCCUGAAGUACUUUACUGUACUCCGAUACAAAUGGAGCCCAGACAGCAGAAGAUAAGUCAAAGAAAGGCCAGUAAUUCUGACUCCUUGAGGAGAGUCCUGCUAACAACUCAACUUAAGAAUCAGUUUGCUGUUCAGUCUUCUAGGAAAAGUACGUCCCAAAUAGAAGGGCCAACUUUAAACAACUCCUAUGGCUUCAAAGUCAGCCAACAAAAUCUCCAGGAGGCAAAAGCUUUGCAUGAGGUGCAGUACCUUGUACUCAUGAGCAUGGAGUUGCAUGCUCGCACAAGACGUGAUUUGGAACCUGACCCGGAAUUUGAUCCAAUCUGUGCCUUAUUCUACUGUAUUUCUUCCGAUGCAGUGCUUCCAGAAACAAACAAAACUGAGAUUAUUGGUGCUAUAGUAAUUGAUAAAAAUCAUAUCAACUCCAACAGAGGCACCCCUUCUGAACUCAGGGCCCAGGCCCCACUGCUUGUUAGAUCUGGUGUCACAGGUCUUCAAGUUUCUUAUGUGAAUGACGAGAAGGAAUUGUUUCAAGAACUCGUUCGUCACGUCAGAAGGUAUGAUCCUGAUAUUUUGCUGGGAUAUGAAGUUCAGAUGCAUUCAUGGAGCUACCUUUUUCAGCGAGCUGCUGCACUGGAGGUUGAUCUCUGUCAAAUGGUUUCCCGUGUUCCAGAUGAAAAUAAAGAAAAUAGGUUUGCUCCAGAAAGGGAUGAGUUCGGUGCAACUACCAUGUCUGAGAUAAAUCUCGUGGGACGAAUCGUUUUGAAUGUUUGGAGAAUGAUGAGAAGCGAGGUUACUCUCAACAAUUAUACUUUUGAGAAUGUUGCCUUUCACAUCCUUCGUCAACGUUUUCCGCUUUUUUCUUUCCGCGUCCUCUCUGACUGGUUUGAUAAUAAGACCGAUCUAUACAGGUGGAAGAUGAUUGAUCACUAUAUUUGUCGUGUGCGUGGAAAUCUAAAGUUACUGGAACAGUUGGAUAUGAUUGGAAGAACAAGUGAAUUGGCGCGGCUCUUUGGCAUCUUAUUCUACCAUGUGCUGACAAGAGGUUCACAGUAUCGUGUGGAAUCGAUGAUGUUGCGUUUUGCCAAACCAAUGAACUAUAUUGCUAUAACUCCCAGCGUCCAGCAGCGAUCUCGUAUGAGAGCUCCCCAGUGCAUUCCUCUUGUGAUGGAACCCGAAUCUCGCUUCUACAGCAACUCAGUCCUGGUUUUGGAUUUCCAGUCCCUGUACCCCUCAAUCAUCAUAGCUUACAACUAUUGUUAUUCCACAUGCCUGGGCAACAUUGACUACCUUGGGAAAGAAGAAGAGUUUAAAUUUGGCUGCACUUUCCAGAGAGUGCCUCCAGAAUUACUUCACCAGCUCUGGAACGAUAUCACCAUAUCACCAAACGGAGUGGCCUUUGUUAAGCCCUCUGUCCGAAAAGGAGUGUUACCGAGCAUGUUGGAUGAGAUACUGAAGACCAGGAUAAUGGUGAAACAGACCAUGAAAGACAACAAGAAAGACAAAGCUCUCACAAAGUUGCUUCACGCUCGACAGAUGGGUCUGAAGCUCAUUGCCAACUUUACUUGUGGUUACACAGCUGCUAGCUUUUCUGGAAGAAUGCCAUGUGUUGAGAUUGGUGACAGCAUUGUUCUCAAGGCCAGAGAAACCCUUGAACGUGCAAUAAAGUUGGUUAAUGAGACAAAGAAGUGGGGAGCUCGUGUUGUGUACGGAGAUACCGACAGCAUGUUUGUGCUGUUGAAAGGAGCCACCAAGGAGCAAGCCUUUCGGAUUGGAGAAGAGAUUGCUGAUGCUGUGACUGCCACAAAUCCAAAGCCUGUGAAACUGAAAUUUGAGAAGGUUUAUUUACCAUGUGUCUUACAAUCAAAGAAGAGGUAUGUCGGUUAUAUGUACGAAAGUUUAGACCAGAAGGAUCCUGUUUUUGAUGCCAAGGGAAUUGAAACUGUGCGGCGGGACUCCUGUUCUGCUGUUUCCAAGAUUUUAGAGCGCUCAAUAAAGCUACUGUUUGAAACAAGAGAUGUCAGCCAGAUCAAGCAGUACGUUCAGAGGCAGUGCACAAAGAUAUUGGAAGGGAAGGCCAGCAUGCAGGAUCUGACUUUCGCCAAAGAGUAUCGGGGCAGUGCUGCAUACCACCCUGGAGCAUGUGUUCCCGCUCUAGAACUCACCAGGAGGAUGCUGUCAUACGAUCGUCGAUCAGAACCCAGGGUAGGCGAGAGGGUCCCUUACGUCAUUGUGUAUGGAAUGCCAGGGUUGCCUCUCAUUCAGCUUGUCAGGCGACCAAUUGAGGUGCUGCAAGAUCCCAGCCUGAGGCUAAAUGCUACCUACUACAUCACCAAACAGAUCCUGCCUCCUCUCAACAGAAUUUUCUCUCUGAUAGGUGUGGAUGUUUUCAGCUGGUACCAUGAGCUACCCAGGGUGCAAAAGGUGCUUUCAACAGCGCGCAGUGAACCAGAUGCCCGUAAGGGAACCAUCUCGCAGUACUUCACCACCCUGCAUUGCCCAGUCUGUGACCAGCUGACUCAACUGGGCAUCUGCAGCAAGUGCCGAAGCAAUCCUCAGCAAGUCACUGUGAUCCUUCAUCAGGAGAUUCGGGAAUGGGAAUGGAAACAGGCUCAACUGCUAAAGAUUUGCCGGAGUUGCACAGGCUGUGUUGACAAACAAGUUCAAUGCAUCUCGCUGGAUUGCCCAGUCCUGUACAAGCUGUUCGCUGUUAGCCGUGACCUUACUAAAGCCCCUUAUCUUCGUCAAUUGUUGGACCAGUUUUAACUCUAAUCCACUUGAAGCAUGACUGAAAGCUUCUCUGGUCUACAUUUUAUUGUGUACACGGCUAUCUUCAUCAUGGUGAGCUUUCUAUGACUGCAAGACCUGAAUCAAACAGCCAACUUUAAAUGGUUUUGUUGUAUCGGUCUCGAGUGUGAAUGUUACAGUAUUGGAACAAAGGGUCAAUCAAGUAGUCAUUUCACUUGUUGGGAGGUCAUUUUUAAAAUAAAGUUGUGAAUCUGUCAUUUCCACUGAAAUGGAUGAUUGAACAGCCCUGUAAAUAAAUGUAUAGCACAGUAAUUUCGUAUCCAAUCAUGUUAAAUGGAAUUCAGAUCUGAGUAAUUUACAAACUGUGGUGCAAAUUUCCAGCUGCAUAUGUUUACAAAUGAUUUUCUACAAUAUAUUGAAGUCUGUGUUGUAUGUUUUGAAAACUCCUUUCAAUUCUAUAUUUUUUGUUCAUCUUUUGAUAGUUGCUUUAUCGAGUGUGCACCGUAGUAAACUUGCAGUACAAAAUGUAGCAGUUUGUUAAAAGCAAGGUCAUGUCGAUGUUUCUGGGUGCUUUGCUACAAAAAACAAUCAUGGCUAGACACGAUAUCAGAGACAGUGCUAUGUGGGAUUGUUGCAAUAUUUUGAUUAUUUAUUUGGAUUAUAUAUUAUGGCACUUGAUAUCUUUUAAAAAAUUUAUAUUGUUUUCAAAGAAAAGUUUAACAUUUUCUCAUUCUGUGAAGUUUAAUUUGCCAAAAUUUGUAUAAAUGAGGCACUUUUCCCAAUAGUUGUAAAGCUGUAUUGAAAUAUAAAGGAAUUAUAUGAUCCUGUUAAUUUUGCAUUUCUGAUUUGUUAUACUCUACCACUAAUAAUCCUGAACCUCGAAUUUUUCCUUUUUUUUAAUCUGCUUCUUGUUUAAUAUACUAUUAAUUUAGAAAUCAGAUUAUUAAAAGUUUACCUUGUUUAAAAUACCAGGUGUUCAGUAGAGUGCAAUCUUUCAAUCCUAUAAUCCCUUGGGUUGAAAAACUGGACCCAAAUCUGGAGUGGUAUGUUCUGUUCAGGAGAGAAUCCAGGGCAAGUAUGUAGUUAAAAAAAUUUCUUGAGCUAACAAAUCCAAUCU